CCUCACCCUCUAUUUCAUUUAUUCACAACCUCUUUCUCUCUCUCUCUCUCUAACAAGAAAUCCGUGCCUUUGUUUUUGAUCUCUUUCCUCUGUUUCAAUCUUUCUCAAAAGGGUUCAGGAAAUGGUUCUCACUACAAUGGCUGCUCCCAUGCAAGAACCUGUCUUGUCAACUCCCUUAUUAUCAUCAUCUGCCACAAGAAGUAGUGGAAGCAUUAGCAGUACUACAAGCAGUGAAGCUGAUGAUAGCCCGCUUUCAUCUCAACGAUUUGUGGUUCAAGAUGUCACCAAAUAUGAACUUCCCUGCAAACCAUUACCUGGGUUUCAAUCAUAUAAAUCACUGGCAAUGCUGUCCGGGCAUAUUGGCUCAGUUUCUUGCUUGGCCUUAUGUGGGGAAUUCAUCUUAACUGCAUCACAAGGCAAGGAUAUUAUUGUGUGGCAACAGCCUGACUUGAGGCAGUUCACAAAGUUUGGCCAAGGUGAUGGCUCGGUGAAGGCGCUUGUCACCGUUAGCAACAAGGUUUUCACUGCACAUCAAGAUAGUAGGAUCAGAGUUUGGAAGGUGUCAAGAAGCUCAGAGAAUGUGUUCAAGCUUGUUGACACACUUCCUACUACAAAGGACUAUUUGGGGAAGUUCAUGAAGCAAAGCAAUUAUGUCCACACUCGGCGGCAUCAUAAGCGUUUAUGGAUUGAACAUGCGGAUAGCAUUUCUUGUUUGGCAGUCUAUAAUGGCUUGAUUUAUUCUGGUUCAUGGGACAAGACCCUUAAGGUGUGGAGGAUAUCUGAUUUGAAGUGUAUGGAGUCAAUAAAAGCACAUGAUGAUGCUAUCAAUAGCUUGGUAGCUUGUAAGGGAAUAGUCUACUCAGCAUCAGCGGAUGGUAAGAUUAAGGCUUGGGGAAAACAAGGGAAGACCUCUCAUUCAUUGCUGGGGAUUAUGGAGGGUCACAAUGAUAUUUCAUUGAAUUCAGUUGUUGUUUCUGAGGAUGGGAAGUGGGUGUAUGGAGGAGGAUCGGAUGGAUCUGUAAUGGGUUGGGAAAGGAAUGGUGAUUGUGUUAGUUGGAAAAUGGUAAGUGAGACAAAAGCACACCACAUGGCUGUUUUGUGUAUGUGCAUGAUGGGAGAGUUUUUAUGCAGUGGCUCAGCUGAUAAAACCAUUGGUAUUUGGAAACGAGAGGCUUAUGGUAAACUUUGUAAAGUUGGGGUCAUAAAUGGGCAUGAAGGACCAGUCAAGUGUUUGCAGGCAUCCCCCUGUAAUGUUGGUACUGGCUUCUUGCUCUAUAGUGGAGGCCUCGACAAAUCUAUAAGGGUCUGGUGGGUGCCUAAAGUCGAGGACAACUCUUAAGCAGCAAGCACACAUCCAACACACACCAGAAAUCUAUUGUCUUGUAAUGUUGCUGUGAGUAGUGAAGCACUGCUUCUUUCUUUUAUUUGUUUGUGGUGCUUUAAAAGUCAAUUUGGUUUAGUUCUGAUUAAA